GGUGGUUGAGUGGUAGGGCAGGCGAGAAGGAAAAAAGUAGGAGGAAGAGAAAAUGAAAGUAUUUUGUUUCUAUGUCAAAACCCGUGUUAUUAAUUAGUUGAAUGCGAAGACUCAAGAGGUGAUUUGAUUAAUUCGUUAUAAUAAGAUGAGGAAGAUGUUUGGAAGAGUUGCAAGGGGUUUGAAAAUGGACUUUUCCUGGGGUUUUUAGGCCAAAAAAAGUCCGUGUGUAGACCAAGUCCAUGCACAAGAAAUAUGAAAAAACCAUCAUGCAAUAUUUAAAAUCUGAUUAUGAGUUCCUUCAAAAACCCCCCAUGCAAUGCAAAAACUUACCCACCGGAUUUCCCUAAACUCCACACAUGUACUCUCACCUCUUCACACUGCUCCUCCUCUUCUUCUACUUCCCUCCCGCUAAACCUGACCUUUCUUCCGACAGAGCUGCCCUUCUCGCCUUCCGCGACUCCGUCCGCGGCCGCACCCUCAUCUGGAACGGUACCGACACAUGUUCCUGGGAAGGUAUCCAGUGCGAUGCUGACCGCGUUACCUCCCUACGCCUUCCCGCCGACGACCUCACAGGUAAUAUUCCCCCCAACACACUCGGUAACCUUACCCAACUCCGCGAUCUCAGUCUACGGGGGAACUCCCUCACCGGUAACCUCCCCUCGGAUUUGGGCUCCUGUACGCAACUCCAGCGGCUAUUCUUGCAGGAUAAUCAGUUUUCUGGCCAGAUACCGGCGGAACUCUUCCUGCUGAAUAACCUUGUUCGCUUGGACUUGUCGAUAAAUAAUUUAUCCGGCGAGAUCUCGCCGGGGUUUGGGAAUCUCACAAAGUUGAGAACUUUGUAUUUGGAGAGAAACCAACUCAACGGGUCUAUUCCAGAUUUGAACCUCGGGUUGCGCUACUUUAAUGUUUCUUACAAUAGAUUGAGUGGCUCUAUUCCAAAAGGUCUUAGAAAUUUUGGCUCAGAUGCAUUUCAAGGGAAUUCACUAUGUGGUAGCCCCCUUGCGUCUUGCCCCGACAGUGGAAAUAAGCUCUCCGGUGGAGCGAUUGCUGGAAUUGUCAUUGCUUCCGUCAUCGGUCUGGUUUUAAUUAUUAUAGUUGUAUUGAUUUUUUUUAGAAAAUAUAGGAGGACGACAAGAACAGGGCCUGAAUUUGAAAUUCCUAGCAAUCAACCAGUUGAUAAGGGAGAAAACGGUGGUGGGAUAAAUGGGUUUCCAGCAGAAAAGGCAGCAAAUGGAGUUGAGAAAAUUAGGAAUGCUAAUGGGUUGGUGUUUUUGGGGAAUGGUUUAAGUGUAUUUGAUUUGGAGGAGCUGUUGAGAGCCUCAGCUGAGGUGUUGGGGAAGGGGACAUGUGGUACUACUUAUAAGGCUAUGGUGGGGGAAGGGGUUGAAGUGGUUGUGAAGAGAUUGAGAAAUAUAUGUGUUUAUGAGAGGGAAUUUCUGGAGGAGGUUGCAAGGUUAGGAGGGAUGGUUCAUGAAAAUUUGGCAUCUAUCAGAGCAUAUUAUUACGGCAGGGAUGAGAAGCUUCUUAUCUAUGACUGCUUGCCCAUGGGAAACUUGUCCUCACUUUUACAUGGAGACAGAGGUGCAGGGAGAGCUCCACUGAGUUGGGAAGUUAGGGGUAGAAUUGCUUUAGGAGCUGCCCGCGGUAUCAACUAUCUACAUUCUCAUGGCCCCAAUGUCUCCCAUGGCAACAUCAAGUCAUCCAAUAUCCUGCUCACCAAUUCCUGUGACGCUCAAGUUACAGAAUUUGGCAUAGUCCAACUGGUUUCCGUGACCUCUGCUCCCAAACAUUCAGGCUAUUGUGCACCAGAGGCCAGGGGUUCCUAUACAGUUUCCCAAAAAGCCGAUGUCUACAGUUUCGGUGUUGUGCUUUUGGAACUGCUGACAGCCAAAGCUCCCGCCUAUGCCCUUUCCAACGAGGAAGAGAUGGACCUUCCUAGGUGGGUGGAGUCUGUGGUUCAGGAAAGGGGGGCGAUUGAUGUGUUUGAUCUUGAGCUUCUUAAGUAUGACAACAUUGAGGAGCAAGUUGUUCAGCUGUUACAUCUUGCUCUGCUUUGUACUUCUAAACACCCUAAAAGACGCCCCUCCAUGGCUGAGGUGACAAGGCAGAUUGAGCUGAUUUUUGGGUCGGGGCUGCUGGAGUAUGAGCCACAGCCUAAUCAGAUUGAAGAUGGAUCAUGACCAUUGGUUAUGUUCCUCGUCUUAAUGAAGUUUUUGAGAGCCGCUUUUCUCGCUCACAGGGCCUCAACUGUGGGAUUUUUUCAUUUACUUUUAGAGUUUGCCUCCCCUUUUCUCUUCUGCUUUUCUUACGUUUUUUCUCCCGCAUUUGUAUUGAUUGGGGGGUUUGAGGAAGCUGGUGUUUGCUGUAAUUAUAUUAUUAUUAUUUUUUUUGUUUUUAUUUAGUUAUAUGUUAAUUUAA